AUGGCUGCCCCAGCUUCUGCCUACAAGGACCGCCAGUUUCUUGCUGUCAUCGGAGAUGAGGAUUCGGUGACCGGUCUCCUCCUCGCUGGUGUCGGCCACGUCACGCAGCCGCCGGACAACCAGAAGAACUUCCUCGUCGUCGACAACAAGACGGAAACGUCUGCCAUCGAGGCCGCCUUUGACAGGUUCACUGAGGAGCGGAAGGACAUCGCUAUCCUACUCAUCAACCAACAUAUUGCCGAGCGUAUACGCCACCGCGUCGAUGCCUACACCGCCGCUUUCCCGUCUCUGCUCGAGAUUCCUUCCAAAGACCACCCGUACGACCCGGAUAAGGACAGCGUGCUGAAGCGUGUGCGGAGGCUGUUUGGAGAGUAA